AUGGCGGCAUCGCCCAGCGCCCUGCGGCGCGCCGGGAACGAGGAGUUCCGCCGCGGGCAGUACGGGCCGGCUGCCGAGCUCUACACCCGUGCGUUGGAGCUGCUGGAAGCCGCAGGGGAGGCCGCCGCUGAGGAGCGGAGCGUGCUGCUCGCCAACCGUGCUGCCUGCUACCUCAAGGACGGAGCCUGCAGCCUCUGCGUCGCCGACUGCAGCACCGCCCUCCAGCUCGUCCCUUUCGGGGUCAAACCCCUCCUGAGGCGGGCCGCGGCUUACGAGGCCCUAGAGAGGUACCGGCUAGCUUACGUGGACUACAAGACGGUGCUGCAGGUGGACUGCACCAUCCAGGCAGCUCACGACGGCGUCAACAGGAUGACUAAAGCCCUGCUGGAGAAGGAUGGUGUGAACUGGCGCCAGAAGCUCCCGCCAAUCCCCACAGUCCCAGUUUCUGCCCAGACGAGGUGGAGCGGUCCUUCUGCUGGAGGCCCUGGGGCAAACACUUCUCCUGUGACUGCACAGAGUGGAGAACCAGACCAGCAUGCUGCUGGCACAGAGAGAGCUCGAACUCUGAAGGAAGAAGGAAAUGAACUUGUAAAGAAAGGAAACCAUAAAAAAGCAGUUGAGAAGUACAGUGAGAGUUUAAAGCUCAACCAGGAAUGUGCCACUUACACCAACAGAGCUCUGUGUUACUUGACUCUGAAGCAGUACAAGGAGGCAGUACAGGACUGCACCGAAGCUCUGAGGUUAGAUCCUAAAAACGUUAAGGCGCUCUACAGACGUGCCCAAGCACUGAAAGAACUGAAGGAUUACAAAUCAAGCAUUGCUGAUAUCAAGAGCUUGUUGAAAACUGAACCAAAGAACACAGCUGCACUGAGAUUGCUGCAAGAGCUGAACAGAACCUAGGGUAACCAAGCAACAAGGAAAGCUUUGUUUUCCACUGCAGAAGAAAGCUUUUUCCCUUCUGAUGUUAGAGGGACCAAUCUUAAUGCAGGAUCGGUGUUGAAAUCUUUUUUCACUGCUGCUGAGAUGUACCAGGUUCUGUGCUAGCACAAUGAAUGUUAAGACACAAUCUGUAUCAAAGUCUGUUACCUGGCUCUGUGAUCACUCGAAGUUAAUGCCCCUCUCUGAGAGGCAUACAGUUUAACUUCCCUGGGUGAAGUCACCUUUUCUGUAACCACUGGCCUCAGGGACUUUUUAGGUUGGCUGAAAUGCAUGUGA